GGCCCCAGAAAGUCUUUGCUCGGCCCUGUCAGGCGUUAAAACACUGUAAAAUACUGCAGACUGUCCACACAGAUUAUUGAGUGAACUACAGUUACCACAGACACACUAACGUUUCGGUCCCUGUGGAGAGCAUUAAGCGGUUUUCGCCAGGCUUGUUUGUCGCUUCCGUUAGGUCUCAGUAUGCGGAACUCCCUGCAGACUGAUGAUGAUGAAGAGGAUGUUGUGAAGGCAGGUUGUAACUGACUGAGCCACCCGUUCAUCGAGCCGAGAGGCGGACACACACUUCGCAUCAUUUAUUUACGCUGCGAACCAGUCACACGGAGUAGCUGCCGCCCAUUUCAGCCGCUGUUUCCAGUCCUGUACCGUGAACCCAAGAAAAGAGGGCUGAAUCGGGACAAACCGCGCUGCCUCUCCCCCUCUGUGACCGCGGAGGGCACCCACCACCCAGGCCGUCAUCAGCAGCUGGUUUCGCAGCGAGCGUUAGCCGCUAACCGGCUAAUGCCACCAGGUUUGACUCCAUCGUUUUCUGACCCGUCACAAUGAUAAACGAGGAGCUGUGUUUCAACUUUACACCUGAACUUUCCCAGAUGUGAUGGAAAGGCAGCACUGACUCAAGAGGGAACAUAAAUCCUGGAUGCCGUGACACACAGGACGUGGUCAAUCCAAGAUGGAGAAAAAGAAAAUGUGCCCUCGCCUUCUCGACUACUUGGUGGUGGUCGGAGCAAGGCAACCAAGUAGUGACAGUGUGGCCCAGACACCUCAGCUCCUCCGCCGCUACCCGCUGGAGGACCACCACGACUUCCCGCUCCCACCAGACGUUGUGUUCUUCUGCCAACCUGAAGGCUGCCUAAGCAUACGUCAGCGUCGGGUUAGCCUUCGUGACGACUCCUCAUUUGUUUUCACACUGACAGACAAGGACUCAGGAAUCACCCGCUACGGAAUCUGCGUCAACUUCUACCGCUCUUUUCAACGAGGGCAUCACCGAAGUCGUGGGGACAAGAGCGGCCACACAGAGACAGCAACACAGGCGGCGGAGACCGCUAGUGAUGGGUCUGACGGUGGUGGCGGAGGUCCUGCCUCCACGUUAGCUCCACCUAACAAUGCUGAAUCAGCACCGCCACCCGCCUCCGGAGAAGAGAGCGGACAACCAGGGGCCGAGCUAAAUGCCAGCAAGUCCCCACAGCACAGACGGAGCGCUGCUAAGGUUGCAGCCAGGAAUCGCAACAGCACGCUGACCUCGCUGUGCAUACUCAGCCACUACCCCUUCUUCUCCACCUUUAGGGAAUGUUUAUAUAUUCUCAAGAGGCUGGUGGACUGCUGCAGUCAGAGGCUAACUCAGCGAGCUGGGCUCCCUCGCGCAACCCAGAGGGACACCAUGUGGCGGGUGUUUACUGGGGCGCUGUCGGUAGAAGAGAAAGGCAGCCAGCUGCUGGCUGAUCUGCGUGAGAUUGAAUCCUGGGUGUACCGGUUGCUUCGUUCACCGGUACCAGUGGCAGGUCAGAGGCGUGUGGAUGUGGAAGUCCUGCCCCAUGAACUCAAGCGGUCACUCACCUUUGCCCUGCCUGACAACUCCCGCUUCACCAUGGUCGACUUCCCCCUGCACCUGCCCUUGGAGCUGCUGGGCGUGGACGCCUGUCUUCAGGUCCUCAGCUGUGUCCUGCUAGAGCACAAGGUUAUUCUUCAAUCUAGAGAUUACAAUGCUUUGUCUAUGAGCGUCAUGGCCUUCGUGGCUAUGAUCUACCCUCUGGAGUACAUGUUCCCUGUCAUCCCCUUACUGCCAACGUGCAUGGCCUCUGCUGAACAGCUCCUUCUUGCCCCCACUCCCUACAUUAUAGGUGUACCAGCCAGCUUCUUCCUCUACAAAGCUGAUUUCAAAAUGCCAGAUGAUGUGUGGCUUGUGGAUCUUGACAGCAGCAAGGUUAUAGCACCCACCCAUGCAGAGAUUCUACCACCUCUUCCAGAGCCUGAAGCAGGCGAGCUUAAGAAACAUCUUAAACAGUGUCUGGUUAGGUUGACCGUGAUCACCCAAAAGCAGAUCUUCUCCUCUGAAAAUAAGGCCUUGGCCAGUAUGAGUUUGAACACCCAGCCCAUCCUGAACCUGGAGAAGUUCCAGGAAGGUCAGGAGAUGCCCUUGCUGCCACCUGGACGAGAUAAAGCUUCACCGUCCUCCACAGAGUUCAACCCUCUGAUUUAUGGCAAUGAUGUUGACUCUGUGGAUGUAGCCACCAGGGUCGCCAUGGUACGGUUCUUCAACUCCCCAAAUGUUCUCCAGGGGUUCCAGAUGCACACUCGCACCUUGCGCCUCUUCCCUCGGCCUGUUGUGGCUUUUCAGUCGUCUUCUUUUCUUGCAUCUCGGCCACGACGCUCUUGCUUUGCAGAUAAACUUUCUCAUACCCAGGCUGUGGAGUUCUAUGGAGAAUGGGCUCUGAAUCCCACCAACCUUGCCUUCCAGAGGAUACAUAACAAUGUGUUUGACCCCUCCUUAAUUGGAGACAAGCCCAAGUGGUACGCUCACCAGCUGCAGCCGGUGAACUACCGAGUGUACGAUGGAAGCUCUCAGCUGGUUGAAGCUAUGGCUGGUCCUUUGGAGGAUGAAGGCAACGAGUCUGACCCGACAGACAGCGGUAGUGACAGUGAGGCAUACGAUGACUCCAGCUCAUCCUAUUCGUCACUGGGAGACCUUGUGAGUGAGAUGAUCCAAGGUGACAUCCAGGGAGACACUUCAAGCAUGGACCCGCUUACCCAUGCUGCUCUGGGAGACGCUAGUGAGGUUGAGUUUCAGGACUUCCAUGACUUCAGGGAAGGUCAGGGCUCGGAGGGUCCAUCAAGUGGGGACGGACCUGCUGAACCCUCUGACGGACAACCUCUUCGCUCAAGCUCCAGCACAACUGCAAGCUCAAGUCCCAGCACAAUCAUCCAGGGAGUCAACCAAGAGCCGGGGGAAGUACCUGAAAUUGAAGCGUCAGCAGGUGCAGCUUUACAGAACCCCGUCUCUGGACUGGGCAGUCAGCCAUUUCUCAGACCUCCAGCUGAUGCUGGCCUGGCGGACCCAGCCAACAAAAAGCAAGAGUAUGACAACCCGUACUUUGAGCCUCAGUAUGGCUUCCCCUCAGAGGAUGACCCUGAUGCAGAGGAGCAAGUGGAGUCAUACACCCCUCGAUUCAACCAGAACCUCAAUGGCAACAAGGUGCAGCGUCCUUUACGUCCCUCUAGCCUGAGGCUUCCGGGAGAGUCUGACGGGGAGGGAGACUCCCGCAACAGCUCGCCAAACUCCACCAUUUCCAACAGCAGCAAUGAUGGAUUUGGAGGACUCAUGUCUUUUGCCAGCAAUCUCUACAAGAACCACGGCACCAGUUUCAGCCUGUCUAACCUUGCCCUUCCCAACAAGGCAGCGAGGGAGAAAACGCCUUUCCCCAGUCUAAAAGUAUUUGGGCUAAAUUCUCUAAUGGAGAUAAUUACAGAGGCCGGCCCGGGGAGCGGAGAAGGUGCACGUGCACCUCGAGCACUUGUGGACCAGAAGUCUUCCGUAAUCAAGCACAGUCCAACAGUGAAGAGAGAGUCACCCUCUCCUCAGGGUCGAGUCAACAACACCAGUGAGAACCAGCAGUUCUUGAAGGAGGUGGUGCAGAGUGUUCUGGAUGGUCAGGGAGUUGGCUGGCUCAACAUGAAGAAAGUGCGCCGCCUUUUGGAGAACGAGCAGCUUCGUGUUUUCGUGUUGAGUAAGCUGAACAGAGCUGUCCAGUCGGAGGAAGAUGCCAGACAGGAGAUCAUACGUGAUGUGGAGGUGAGCAGAAAGGUGUACAAAGGCAUGCUGGACAUUUUGAAGUGCACCGUCUCCAGUCUGGAGCACUCGUACACUAACGCAGGCCUCGGGGGAAUGGCCAGCGUCUUCAGCUUAUUGGAAAUAGCGCGCACACAUUAUCAAACCAAAGACCCAGAAAAACGCAAGCGAAGCCCCACAGACAGUGCCGGCAGCCCGGGGAGUAAAGAGAGUCCUUCUGGUCGUAUGGAGACGACCAGGCCUCAGGGCCUUCUGAACGUUCCCCACCUGCAGCUGCCGCACCACCCAACGGGCAAAGGAGCCCGCCAUUUUGACACCCGGAGUCUGAACGAGGAGAACUUUAUUGCCUCGAUUGAAUUGUGGAGCAAGCACCAGGAUAAGCAAAAAGCUAUGGAAAAACCACAGAGGUCUGACGGAGUGAAGCAGCAGCGCCCCCAAGUGACGGAUGCAGAGGAGAAGAAAUCACAGAUGAGUGCUGACAGUGGCCUCAGCGUCACAUCUGGAUCGCAGAAGAGCGACACAGAGUCAGUAACGAGCUCGGAGCCACCGAUCCUGACAAGAAGCACCAGCCAGGACUCAGAGGCCAGCACAGUGAUAAGCAACAGCUCUGGAGAAACUCUGGGAGCUGACAGCGACCUGAGCAGCACAGCAGGCGACGGCCUUGGAGGAAGAACUGCUGCUCAUUUAGCUCAGUCCAGAGGGACUCUUUCUGACAGCGAGAUUGAAACCAAUCCAGCCACCAGCACAGUGUUUGGAAAGACUCACACUCUGAAACCAACUGCAAAAGAUCAUGCACAUGCUACAGCAAAGAGCCAGCCUGCUCAGCCCAUGGAGGACAUCAGUAUGAGGAUUUACCUCUGUGAAGGCCUGCUGGGGCGCGAUAAGAGCUCCGUUUGGGAUCAACUAGAGGAUGCUGCCAUGGAAACCUUUUCUCUAAGUAAGGAGCGCUCCACUUUGUGGGACCAGCUGCAGUUCUGGGAGGACGCCUACUUGGAUGCUGUGAUGCUGGAGCGUGAAGGCAUGGGCAUGGAUCAGGGACCUCAGGAGAUGAUCGAAAGAUACUUGUCUCUGGGAGAGCACGACCGCAAGCGCCUAGAGGACGAUGAAGACAGACUUCUGGCCACCCUGCUGCACAAUAUGAUUGCAUACAUGCUCAUGUUGAAGUUGAACAAAAAUGACAUCAAGAAGAAAGUGAGGCGUUUGAUGGGGAAGUCCCACAUCGGCCUCACGUACAGCCAAGAGAUCAAUGAGAUACUGGACAAACUGGCCAACAUGAAUGGCCGUGAGCUGCCCAUUAGGCCCAGUGGAAGCCGUCACAUCAAGAAGCAAACGUUUGUUGUACAUGCUGGCACUGAUACCACAGGAGACAUCUUUUUCAUGGAGGUCUGUGAUGACUGUAUAGUCCUGCGCAGCAACAUCGGCACAGUGUACGAGCGCUGGUGGUACGAGAAGCUCAUCAAUAUGACUUACUGCCCCAAGACCAAGGUGCUGUGUCUGUGGAGACGCAACGGCCAGGAGACGCAGCUCAACAAGUUCUAUACCAAAAAGUGUCGUGAACUCUACUACUGUGUUAAAGACAGUAUGGAACGAGCUGCAGCGAGACAGCAAAGCAUCAAACCAGGUCCCGAGCUGGGCGGAGAGUUUCCUGUCCAGGACAUGAAAACUGGUGAAGGUGGACUGCUGCAGGUCACACUGGAAGGAAUCAACCUCAAAUUCAUGCACAGCCAGGAGCGGAAGGUUUUCAUAGAGCUGAGUCACAUUAAAAAGUGCAAUACAGUGAAGGGAGUCUUUGUCCUGGAGGAAUUUGUUCCUGAAACUAAAGAAGUGGUGAUCCACAAGUACAAGACCCCCAUGGCACAUCAGAUCUGUUACUCGGUCCUCUGCCUUUUCUCCUACGUGGCGGCAGUGAAGGGGAAGGAGGCGGAAGGAAAACCCAAGAUUCUGUCACCGCGACCCCUUCCUAGCUAGUCUACGCCCUGCGCCCUCUGCCCCCCCUCCCCCACAUCCUCGGUGUGCCUCUCUACUUGAAACGGCAUCUCAGCUCUAAAACCACAGACUUCUGACAAUCCCUAACUUUACUCUAAGCACACACUUCCCGCUCCCUCCUCUUGUAUAUACAAGCCUCAACCCUUUUUAGACCCUGUUGUGUAGACGUGUUUAGUCUGUGAUGUCGUGUAAAUACUUGCAACCCCUCAUCGCUGUCGUCCUGAUGAUUCCAACUAGCUAAAUGUUUGCCUGCUCCUUAAGUCGGGAGACUCUCCUCAAGCUCCUCUCCUCAGUGUGAAAGUCUUCUCUUGUUCCUGCUGCCAACCACCCAACUGUUUUUACCGAUAGGAGAUGUGAGGGAUCACCCCGAGGCACAGAGUGCAUGCAGGUCCCGUGCACAGCCUUGACAUUCAUUUUAGUCUUCUCCCCCCCCCCCCCCCCCCCCCCCCCCCCCCCCCCCCCCUCCUCUCCCUUCCCGUCUCCAUUCGACUGUGAGUUAUUCUGUGAUCUGUGGUUACUGUAAAGUUCCAGUCUGUCCAAGUUUAAACUGGUGAAAUAUCCAGAGACCCUCUUGUAGUGCAGGACAUCCCAUACUGAAAACGCUACUGUAUACUGCACCAGAGCACUGCAUGUGAACGCUUCUUACAAGUGUUUGAACCCUAAAAUAAUGUGAGUGUUCUCAGAUGUGUUCUCUUGCCCUAGAUCGGCCCGCCGGGCUGAAUUACUGUUCUAGUUCUACUGUAAAAUCUCUCGUCUGUGGUCUGCUGUUAUCAAUUGCAUGUUACUAUGAGGAUGACAAAUAAAUAUUAUAUAUAUUUCUAUAUAUAGUAUUUAUUUAAUAUAUACAUAUAUUGACUGUACAUUUCUCUGGAAAAAAAAAAAGUUACAAAUUGUUGAUUUGCUAGAUGUGCAAUACUUAAUGAGUAGUUAGCCAUUGCCAGAGCCAUGUUUCCUUGAGUUAACUGGCUUCACAGGGUGAAGAAUGUAAGAACGUGUUUUUGUUUUUCUAUAGUUCAUAUUGAUCGAGGUGAAUAUGAUGACGUCAGUCUGACUGUUUAAAGUUUGUCUUUUUAAGGUAAAUCAACUCCAAAUCACUUAUGGAAAAGAAAACAGCUGCUGUGUUGCUCUCCAUGGGUGAAGUGUUUGGAGUGUUUUGCACACAGGCCACGCCCCCAGUCUGUGAUGUCACAACAGGUGUCUUUAAACAACAGGUGGUGGAGAUGCUGCGCCUAACGUCAGAGAUGCUGCAGUAUCUUCUCCAUUUAAAUUCAGCCUCUAAAAGUCGUGUGAAAUGGCGUCGUUUGUAUGAUGAAGUGGAAACUAAACCGACCUGGCUCAGCUGGUGUUACACCAUAUUGUGUGUGACUGCAGGGGGCGCUGUUGCACGGACGUUGUCGUAUUUCUUUCGUUAAAACAGGUCAGUAUUUUUAUUUCCAUAUUAGACCACCUGAUAAAAGAACUGCAGCGGUGUCAUGUCAUGUCCAAUCAGAUGAAUUGAAACCCAGGCCUUCUGUGGCGGCGAUGACAAGAAAUGAUAGCGUAUAGUAUGAAGCUAACGUUCACGCAUCUAAACAGAUUUUAGCCUCAGCUAUUUCCUGAAGUUUUACCAACCAUAAUGAGGCCCAGUGAUUGACCGCAAAUUGUCAAACUGUCCCCGACUCAUCCUAAAGUGAGGCUUGAUCCUCCAGGCGAACUCCCGGACAAACUGGUGGUGACGUUUCUCCCUGUGAUUCUCCUCUUUCUGUGCCCACACUUGGGUCUCCAUUUCCCUGUGUCCAGGCCCCAGGUGCCCUCUAGGUUCAAAUCUGCACGUUUACUUCACAUCAAACCAUACAAAGAAAAAAACGCAGCAAUGUUAAAACCACGUUCGGUCUAAUCGAGGCAUUCGACUCUUAAUGACAUCACUACAAGGCCACCAGCGGAUGUAACAUCGGGAUUGACGAGGUUUCCUCCUCAUUGUGCCGACACUACUUGAACGCAGCGUGAGCGAUAUGUUCAGUCUGUCCUUCAUUCUUUACAACAGGUCAGCAGUUUCUUCAGUUUCCGGGUGCAGGGUCACAUUUUCUGAUGGCCUUUGUUAGAAAUAGUGACCUAUUGUGUGCCGUGCCUCUGUUGACCUGCACCUGGAAAUUUAGAAAUACUCACAUCUCAUUGGCCUUUACCCCUCGCCGGUUAUAAAGACUGAAGGAUACCAGAGGAAAACUCUCGAAGGUUAAGUCACAAAUUUGAACAUGUGACCCUGCUGUGUCUGAAGUUUAAAAAAUAUUUUAACAUUACCAGAGCUGCAUCUAACAGUCUUUCUUUAUUAUCUAGGAAUCUGCUGAUUAUUUCCGCGAUUAAUUAAAUAAUAUUUUGUCUAUUAAAUGUCAAGAAAAAGUGAAAAAUUCUUUCAUAAUUACCAAGAACCCAGAGACAUUUUCAGGUUUACUUGCAGCACCCAGAUCAGUAGUCACAGGUAUUUAUCAGCUCCAGCUCUGAUCGGCUACGAACAGCACUGAUGGAAAUACAACACCCAGGUGGACACACCAAUUUAAGCCCCUUGUGAGAUGCAAUGAUGGGCCUCAUACAAAUACCGUCCAUCUCCGCCCACCAGUGCUCGAAUAUCAAUCCAGAUUACGUCAGCACGGAGUUUGAAGGAGAGACUGAUUUAGUAAGAGAGAUACAAAACUACUGACCUGUUUUAUGGCCCGUCUGUGACAUCACAGGUGACACACCACUAAACAGAUGUCUACUCACCUACUGCAAGAACUCUGUACACAGCUCUUGUUUACUGGCAGUAGAAAACUUCACACUCUAUCACAGUGGUUCCCAACUGGUUCAGAUGUCUCCUUAGUCAUUAGUUCAAGGUCUACACAGUUUAAUAUACUCAGCGUCACACUUGUGUUUGGCCACGUCGUCGAGGUUGUUUGCUGUCUGUUAGUCACUCACUCUACAGCAGGAAACUGCACUUCAAAAUAAUGUGUGUUUUACAAAGUUGACACACUUGCGAGUCACUCGUGGUCCACUCAUAACGCGUCCACAACCCACUUUUGGACUGCGACUCACCAGUUGGGAACCACUGUUUUAUCAUUAAUGACAAAGUCUCACAAUUUAGAAACUCAAAGCAACAAAUGUGACAUUUCUGCUUGAGGAAUGACUAAAUCAUUUAUUUAAAUAUCACAAUAGUUUGCAAUUAAAUUUCUUUCAGUCAGUUUACCAACUAAUUGUGUGGCUCUAAUUAAUAAUUAAUUAAUUGGUGUGACAAUAUCCAGGCAACAUUUCCUCCUGCUGUCACCCUAAAAGUAGAAAAAUGCAAAAACAAUGCAGUUAACUUUAAUAGAAAACAGAGAGAACCAGUGCAUUCUGGGUAAAUAAAAGGGACUUAAACUGUCACGUCUUGGUCACAGAAUCUGGUGUAACAGCAGAACUGAAGGAAACAGCACUUCAAAAUAAAAGCUCUGUGCCAGAAAUUAACUACCUGAAAAUUAAGUGUGUUUUUUACAAACUUGACACGUUUGCGAGUCACUUGUGGUCAAUUCAGAGUGGAUCUGCGACCCUUUUUUGGACCACGACCCACCAGUUUGGAACCACUGCUGAUCAUACGUGACAAAAAAAGCAACAGUCUCACAUUGAAAAAAAAUUGAACCAGCAAAUGUGACCAUUUUUGCUUGAGAAAUGACUCAUAAUAAUUUGCGAUUAAUUUUAUUUCGAUCGACUAAUCGUGCAGCUCUAAUACCAAACACCACUUGUAGAAAGUGUGACGACAUCCAUGCACCAGUGCCUCCUGCUGUCACCUAAACGUAGAGGAAUCCAAAAAUUAUGCCGUUAACUAGAGAACAAAGAGAACCAGUGCAUUUUGGGUAUAUAAAGGGGACUUGGUCACAGACUCUGGUGUGACAGCAGGUCAUGUUUUGGAGCAGCCAAGGAUUUAAACACCUGUUUUCUCAUCACAGACUGGGCUGUGACAAACGUACAAAACCCUCCGAACGCAGCAGCAGCAGCAGCAGCAGCAGUUUUCCGCCCUGUGAUUGGUCGUUGAGCUGUGUUGAAGCCUAACAGCUGUGGUCACCUGCUCCCAGAGGAGAUCCAGUCUUACAUUGUGUCUGUUCUGUGAUCGUAAAGAACAGUUGGUCCGGUCGCCGGCCCCGUAAAUUUCACAGUGAGCGUGCGUGUGUGUGGGUUUGUGUGUGCUUGUGCGUCCGUGUGGUGAACAGUUUCUCCAGAUGAGCAAUAUAUCGGUACAGCUAUAUCACUGGAAGAUGUUUCUUUUUGAUUCUGACAUGCUUGUAAUUUUUUAGUGAUUUAACUGUGUGGAGGGAAACAAUGAGCAGGAUGUUCAGACGGUGCACAACUCCAUCUGAAGCAUCUCUGAAUGGGUCUGGGGACGGGACACAGCUCUUUAUGCUUGAGUUAAAAAGGACAUUUUUUUAAACUGGAGUAUUGCAACUCAUCUCUGUCAUUGUGCGAGCCGGCUGCUGUAACCAGAGGGAAUAAAUGAAAUGAGAUGCCAGGUGUAAGUAUUCCAGUAUUUGAAAAAGUAUUUAUAGAAUAUGUACAGCUUUGGCAAUAUAAUAAAGUUAUCGCAAAUAAAGCUCA